CGAUUAAAGUUAAAUGUAAACAGAUUUGACACUUUUGAACGUAAUUGAAAGUGUGAACCAUUUCGGUAUAUGUAAUAAGGUUUAAAUAAUAUAAAUUGGGAUAGGAACAUUAGAAACUUGGUGAAGUAAAAAUAAACUUGUAUAGCGCUGAUGAAUUGAUUUUUAGUUUGGCGAUGAUUUAUCUAAUGAAGACGUAUUUAUAAAUGUUUAACAAUCUAAACUUUAUAAGAAACGGUUUCAAUUACUGGAGAGAAAGUACGUUUGUUAAGUUUUAAUUAUUGGCAAUAAACUUAAAAUGGAAUAUCAUGGCGGUUAGAUGAAUUAUAUGUUUGUUUGUUUUUCGUUUACUAUGAUUUGCUGAACUUAAAAAGUGAACCAUUACUCGGAUAAGCAUAACUGACUAUGUACAGGGAGAAUAAAAUGCCGUACGGAAAGACGAGAUCUGUGACGGGUAUCGGAGAUUAUACCGACUAUGACGCCAUUAGAGAGGCCAGGACGAAAUUUUACAGCAAUCCUGGCAAAUACACAAGGGAAAGAGAAAGGAGUUACCAUACUGACUAUUCCAGUCCACACCAUAGGACUUCCGGCAGAGUGGAAGUUGUGAUUGAACACUGGUCGGGUUGUACCGGAGAGAGGUUAGUAGACAGAAUAAAAUGGGACAUAGAGGACUACUUUCCAGACACAAAAUUCACCGACUUUUACGGGAGAGAAGACUCAUUUGAAGUAUUUGUAAAUGGAAAAUUGAUUUAUUCAAGAAUAAUGCAAGGCGGAUACCCUUACGAGGACGAGGUCUUGGAUUCAGUUUGGAGAGCAAAGCACGGUAAAGAAUUAUUUCAAGUGGACAGAUACAGUGAUCCUGGCGCGUGUACCAUUUUAUGACGUCAUCAAGAUAUUUGUUUACAAACGCAUACGCGUUUCUUUAUAGUCAUAUUUAUUAUUUACUUUAUUGGAUCGUUUUUGUACAUUGUAUUAUGAGGAUAUUAUACAUUGUUGAGUACAAUACUGAAUUCUAUUGGACUAAAACAGAGCUGUUAAACCUACAUUGGACACUACCUUUCUGACAUGUUUUGUUAAUCUUGUACAAUAAGGAUUUGAUAAGAAUUUUCUGACGAAGUUUGAUAAAGUCCGGUAUACAUUUGAUAUAGAUAUUUUGGACUCCAAAAAUGAAAACGAGGCUCUAUUGGGUACGAUAUGCAUAUGAUAUAGAUAUGUUGGACUGGAACAUCACAUGAUACAAAUGAUAACAAUUCGUAAAGCGUGAAGUAAAUAGCUUUAGAAUAUUCUUUAUUAAGAUAAUAUAUUUAGAUAUAAAAUGUGAUUUCUGCAGUUGCACCACGUGAUGCAUAUGCUGUUUUCGGCUGUUACCUAGCUUGUAUUUUUCUACAGCAAUAAACAAGUUUCCAUGCUGUUGCUAAAACUGAUUAAACAGAACAACUUCGAGUGUAUUUGAAAAAAGUUUAAUUUGAAUUUGAUAAAAUUAUCGUACCAUUUCGAAAACAAGCAGUUGUCAUUUUAAAAUGACAGCGAUUUGUAAUAUGUAUAAAAUUGUUAUAUAAAGGGAAAGUUUAAACAUGAAGGGGGAAAAGUCUUAUACACAGAAUUCUAAUUUAUAUAUUUUCUAUUAUUUAUUUGUAGGACUAAUUUAAAUGCGCGACAGGAACUGAACAGAAUAUCUAUUAAA